UAUUAGUGCAACAUAGAGUACCUCUUUAGGUGUGGAAAAAUCAAAAGUUCACGACUAACGUUUAUUAUGUUUUAGUUUACUGUGUAACGUUAUAGUUUCUCCCUAAAUUAUACUUAAAGGGCUGGAUAAAUUAUCCUAGACAUACCUCAAUUUCCAGCUUUGGUAUGUAAGUUAGCGCCGCAACAUCGCCCUCUUUUGCCCCGGACAUAAAAUGACAUGUCUGCUUUUGUCAACGACAACCAGGAGAGUCAGACAGUCGUUUGGUUUGCCUGUGGUGCUAAGCCAGCCAGCAACAACCAGCCGCCUGAAUGUAGAUCCGCAUGGGCUACUACUACUCUAUCUCUCCAAAUAACCCGGCGGAAUCAUAAGAUAAGGAUCCCAGGAUGGUCUUAGUGCAUGUCGGAUAUCUGGUUCUUCCUGUAUUCGGCUCAGUAAGAAACAGAGGAUCCCAUUUCAACCGGCAACAGCAACAGCAGCAGCAGCACAGCCAUGCUACCUCUUGCCGGCACUUCCAGUUAGGUCCUCAGGCCCCGCUGCCCAUGGACUUCCCCAUGCCCCACCCAGGGCAGCCACAGUCAGGCAUUAACCCCCACCUGGCCCCUCCCGGCCACCAACAUGGCCCUCCGCUCCACCCGCCCCUCAACCCCCUGCCAGCUCCCCAGUUCCAGGACAUCCCUGCCCCUCCCUUCCUACCUCAGGCAUUACACCAGCAAUACCUCCUCCAGCAGCAGAUCCUCGAGGCCCAGCACCGACACAUCCUGCCACCCUCCAGCAGACGCACCCCAGAGAGAGUUCCUCACCAGCCCCACAGACUUCGACCUGGCUAUGAGUUUGCGCCCCCUCUUCAUGUCUCUCCUCAGCCGGUGGUGCAGCAGCCGCGCUACCUGGCCGAGGGCACAGACUGGGAUCUAAGUGUAGAUGCUGGACUGCCCCCCCACCAGUAUCACAUCCAUCCGCUGCCGCAGCACUAUCAGCACUACUUGACCUCUCCUAGGAUGCACCACUUCCCUAGAAACAAUGCCUCAACACAAGUGGUUGUCCACGAGAUCAGAAACUACCCAUAUCCCCAGCUGCACUUGCUGGCUCUGCAGAGUCUCAACCCCUCCCGCCACGCGUCUGCUGUUAGAGAGAGCUAUGAGGAGCUUCUGCAGCUGGAGGACAGACUGGGCAGUGUAAACCGUGGAGCGGUCCAAACCACCAUAGAGAGAUUCACCUUCCCCCAUAAGUACAAAAAGAGAAUACCCCAGGACCUGAAGAUGUGUCUGGAUGAUGAGGAGCUGGACACCGAUGAGAAGUGCACUAUCUGUCUGUCAAUGCUGGAGGAUGGAGAGGAUGUCAGGAGAUUACCCUGCAUGCACCUCUUCCAUCAGGCGUGUGUGGACCAGUGGCUGGCCACCAGCAGGAAGUGCCCCAUCUGCAGAGUGGACAUUGAGACCCAACUGACCCCCGACAGUUGAUAGCUCCUGUCGACUCCUGCAGCUUUGGAUCUGGUCUGUGUUAAUUCUCCAUUGCCUCCCUCCGGGGGAAGCUCUGCCAAACACCCCUCUUCCCCUCUGCAUCACUCAACGAGCCUGCCUUCUGAGACAGCUGUGACAGAGGGAUCAACAAAGCACACUCACCUACAACACAACGAGGGAUGGGGGUUGAUGCAUAGAUAGGUGGCUGGACUGAAGGUUGGUUGAAUGGACUUGCUGGAUGUAAAGGGUAGGCGCGUACACGUAUGGACAGAUGUGCUGAGGCUUCACACGAUUCUGUCAGAUUGUGUAUGUACCCUCAGCUCAGUGUGGUGUACUAAGGCCAUGUCUCUGCCACUACAUCUAAACCCUCUCCCCCAGGCCUAUGAAAAAUCCUUUAAGCUGCACUCUGCCCAAGCCCUCAGCACAUCUGUACAGAACAUUAUCAAAUGAUUAGCAUGAGGUUGUUUGGUGUGAACUCUUGUAGCUGAACGCUUGUGGUGUAAUGGAGUAUAGUACUGAAAAAGUAUUUACAGAGUAACAGUGUUGUGUAGCAAGCAAAAACCUUUUGAGAAAUGUGUGUGAAAAAUAAAACCUACAGAGAGGGUGACUACAGCUCUAACAAGGAGAAUAUUCAGUGUGUUAAAUCAUAGACAAUGAGGAAAGAGCUAGUUGUGUAAAAAGGCCAAAAAUCCCUCUUUCUUGUCUAACAUGGUUUUUGGAUUUACAGUUGGUAGAUGCCAUCAGAGUUGAUGCUAAACCCGCUAACUGCAGGCAUGGCUUCCAGUGAUCUGUGUAGUGUCGUAGUCGGGCCUCUAUAAUCUAGAGCAGAGGCCUGAGAUAUGCAUGCUGUAUGGCAGGCUUGGGCUGUGUCGUUAAUAUUGUGGAGCAGUAGAAACAGGGACUGUGUCUGUGCAUGUGAACCGUAUACUAUGACGAUCUCACUCAUUCAUAGAGGAGGACGAGAAUGCACCUAAUAUACCCACCCCACCCCACAACCCCCACUCAUCCCCCAACCCCCACUCAUCCUGAGUAGACGAAAGUUGACCUUAGACACUGAUCUCAGACCAAUGUAGCGUUUCUGUCCUGAUGUUCGAGGUUAGGAUUCAAAGAGCUGCUAGUAGAUCCGUGUCUAACUGCAACUUCGCUCUAUUGCCUCACUCAUGGCAUGAUCAUGACAUGAGAGGCCGGCAUGGGCUUGAGGAUGCGGUGCGGGAUAUUUGUAUUACCUAUUACCAGAACCUUAUUGCCUAUCGGAACAAGCACAUGUGAUUUCUAUAUACAGUGAAUCGCCUCUGUUGUGUAUCGGCUCCUUUUCAUUUCAAUCUAAGUUGCUCCUACUUAAAUAAAAAAGACUGUCUGGUGUUACAGGGAAAAUAAAACUAGUUUGCCUGUGAAAUGUGCUAGAAUGUGAAUGAUUGUCCCCCACCCCCGCCUCCCCCAUGGUAGUAGUGUAUGGUAUUGCUAGAACAACUGUGAUACGUUCAGUGAUAGAAGCCGUUUUCUCUAUAUCAUGCAUGAACCAUGUCGGCGUAGUUCACUUGAAGGAGGGUGAAAGGGAGAAAAAGCCAUCCAUUUGAAAAAUACCAAACAAUUGUUCUUAAUUUUAUUUCAAUUGUCUUUUUUUCCUGCCAUUUUUUUUCUUUUCCUUUUAGUAUUUGUAAAAAAAAAAACAACUUUGUUUUUGCUCACAUGCCAAUCUGGACAUGGUACUAAUAUGCCGAGUCCUUGUCCAUUUUAACCAUAGUGAAGAAAAAGCUCCAAUGCUGCAAAAACAUAUUUAUUGUUGUUAUAAUGUAGCUUGUGUUUUGUAAAUGCACUAUAAUAUGGAGUUGCCUGAUUUUUGGUUUGGUGGUGUGGGUUCUUCUUGUCCUAGAUUUUGUGUUUCUGUUCAGUUAAAAGUAUUUUCAUGCUUCCUUGUGUAUUAUUGGAGGGUAACUUGAUUGUUUUGUGUUGCUUUUUUUUUCUUUUUGUCUGAAACCUCCAUCCAAAAAACUACAGAUGGAUGAAAAUGGAGGUUUGCUAGUUCACAUAGAAUGCUGUGAUUAAAGAUGCCUUAAGUAUUUAACAAUCAUUAUUUAUUACUAACUGUAGCUAGCUAGCUAUCGUGGUGGAAUAUUUAAUGUCUCUAUCUCAUAACUUUGCAAUUUAAUCAAUAUAUUUAUUUAAAAUAACACAAAAUAUAAAAAAAAGAAUACCUCAUUAUGCAUUGGUCGGUGGGGAUGCUUUUGCAUGCCGUCUGUGUUUUCUUUUUCAAAGGAGAAAAAAAGAAACCUGUUGAAAGAAAAAUUUCCUGGGUGGGAGGUUCCCAACACAUUUUCUAGCCAGCAUGGUGCUGUUGAUCUGGAUCACAUUCCAUUCAUAUCACCCCUUGAUUUGACUUUUUUGGUUUUUUAAAACACGAUCCCUGCUUUGAUCUAAAGCAGAUGACGGGGUACAACCCCCUUUUUGUCUUAGAAUGGCUCCGCAAUUUGCUUGCUUUUGAUGAUACUGCUUUACUUCCCAUAAUCAGUCAUAUUUGGGUUAAUUUGUGAUAAUCCUUUUGUUUUGACUAUUUUCAUGAAAUUCCAUCAUAUCUGGAUCUCAAUUCAGUGCUUGUUGUUUUAGGACCCACAUAAUGAGCUGUAUUAUUUGUCCUUAUGUAUUGCUGGCAAUUGCUUUGUGUGGGAAUUUGGGAAGUAUCUAACAUGCUAACUUGAGCCAUUGGUCUUAUUGAGCAAAUUUCUGGUGUACUGUGGUUAUACAAUAUAGAUAGUGUGUUUUACACCUGGGUAUAAUAAGCUAACUACGUUUUUGGUGUGCAUUUCUUAUUAAUACUCUACUAAUCCUGCAAAUUAUUAUAACAUGUAUUGGAUUGGAAUGACGCUGGCUGGUCUUACUAUUAUUUCAUUUCGUGCUCUCACUGGCCUUACCCCAUGUCCUCCACAGUGUACCGCAUUACUCCAGAGUGAACUGGACAGUAGCCAUAGUAUUAACUCAAGCUGAUGAACCGGAAUGAACAGUAGAACUUAAAGCACAAGCUUUUUAAUGCAUGUCCUUCUCAGGUUUUCCUAUGUGUAUGUGGGAGUAGCUCUGUAGAUGUGUUUAAUAUGAUGCUGUACCUUCUUGAAUAUUUCAGAUGUUUCUUUGCUGCUGAAAAAAUGUUGAUUAUUAACCUGCCAGUGAAAAAGGGAAGUGGCCAUCUUUGUACAACACACUGCUGUUUUGCUGUAACCGCGCAAUGUUUUAUGAUCUUGAGUAUUUUAUAGAAAAGUAGAAGUAUGUAUCAAUAAUAUGAAAGCAAUAGCUAAAUCAUAAUGAAGAAUAACAUGAUCAGUGAAUAUUGUGGAAAAUCUUUAGAUUCACUCUGGGUGGAUUUUGUACUGUAUUUAUUACUAAUGAUGAUGCAAAAAGUUGCAUAGCUUAACCCAAACUGUUCUGUCUCUUUUUUAUUUAUUGUCUUGUAUAUGAUCUUUUUGUAUGUGUUUUUCAAAUAAACUGCCUAAAACGCUGAGAACUAAA